CUCUCGGAUUGUAACUUACUUUCUCGCAAACUAAACACCCUUAUUUACUAUCAACUUUCCUACCAAUGGCUCGUACCAAGCAAACAGCUAGAAAGUCAACCGGCGGCAAAGCUCCACGUAAGCAGCUAGCCACAAAGGCCGCUCGAAAAUCGGCUCCGGCAACCGGAGGAGUGAAGAAGCCUCACCGUUUCAGGCCAGGAACUGUGGCUCUGAGAGAAAUCAGAAAAUACCAAAAGAGUACUGAACUCUUGAUCAGGAAGCUUCCUUUCCAGAGGCUGGUGAGAGAAAUCGCUCAAGAUUUCAAGACCGAUUUGAGGUUCCAAAGCAGCGCUGUAGCCGCUCUUCAAGAGGCCGCCGAGGCUUAUCUCGUUGGGCUAUUUGAGGAUACUAAUCUCUGUGCCAUUCAUGCUAAGAGGGUUACGAUUAUGCCCAAGGAUAUCCAGCUAGCUAGAAGGAUCAGAGGAGAGCGAGCUUAGGUUGUUUGAUUUCGGCGGAUAAAUGGUUAACAUUAGAGGAAUCUAAGUUUCUGGCUUUAUUUGUGGAAUUUGCCUUCUGAGCAAAUGGUGAUGUAAAUCGGUGGAACUUUAAUGAAUGCUCUAUGUUUUUCGUUAGUUAAA